AGCGGCGUCAGCGGUCUGCGCAGGGGCAGAAAGGGGCGACGGGGACCUCUGAGUGCGCAGAGCCCCGCGCAGAGCCCCAACCAGAGCGGUGCGCGCCGGCGCCUGGCGUGCACACCCAGAGAGGUGGCGGGGCGGCGAGGGCGCCGUGGGGCCCUCACGCCGCCUAUCGGGGCGACUACGGGUGCGGGGCACUGCUGCGCCGGAAGCAUCCUGCUGCUGCUCGUCCUCUACUUCAAAUUCCAGCGGCUCCGCAGCCCCGCUUCGCCGGGCGCCCCCUGCUCAUCGUUAGCCUCCGCCACCUGCUGCCUUCCGUUCUCGCGGCCGCGGUGGCUUUCGCGCCCCACAGAGGGGCGGCGCGGAUGGUGCGUGAGACGGCUUCAUCAGCAGCCUGUAGGAGAAGGGUUCCAGUCACAAAAGCACGUGUGACACGUUGUGACAUUCGCUGCUAAGACGAAACGCCGACGUGAGAUCCAUAUACUUGCUGUAGUGUUCUCAGGUGUGAUUGGAUGUACUUCAGCAGGGUUUUAUGCUGCUGACCUGUAAGGAAAAAAAGAUAUUAAAAAGGGUAACAAACACCCAGGACCUGUACCCUCGGCACUCUGGGGUGAUCUGGAACAGUACAAGGUGUUCCAGCAUCUUUGCACCUCGUCUGAGCCCUCAGCCUAGACUCAUGCACAUUUCCUUCCCUGGAAGUUGUCACCAGAUGUCUGAUGUUCCAGGAUGGCCAGCAGUCUCCCAGCAGAGUUUGAUGUGAUCGUGUUAGGGACCGGUUUGCCUGAAUCCAUCCUUGCAGCUGCAUGUUCCAGAAGUGGUCGUCGGGUUCUGCAUCUCGAUUCAAGAAGUUACUAUGGAGGAAACUGGGCUAGUUUCAGCUUUUCAGGAUUGCUCUCCUGGGUGAAGGAAUAUCAGCAAAGCAGUGACCCUGAGGAAGAAAGUCCUGCUUCAUGGCAAGACCUGAUCCAUGAAACAGAAGAAGCCGUCGCUCUUCGAAGGAAGGAUGAAACCAUUCAACACCCAGAAGUUUUUUGUUACGCCAGUCAGGAUGUGGAUGACAAUCCUGAAGAGAUUGAUGUUCUGCAGAAAAAUCUUUCCUGGGUGGCACCUGGCACCCUCAUUAAACCUCAGGACUCUGCAAGCUUGUCUGGAGAAACACCCUCGUACGUCACUGGCUCUGAAACGCCUGCCAAAGACACUCCAGAAAACGGUGGAGAAAUGACUGAUAGAUCAGAAACCCUGGUGACGGAAGAAUAUGGUGGAGGUGAAACCUGUAAACACACAGUUUCAGAUGGCACUAAAGAUGGCAUCAGACCUGUAUUGGAAGACCACGGCAAUCCGCCAAAGAGGAAGAGGAUUACCUACGCUCAAAUAGUGAAAGAAAGCAGGAGGUUUAAUAUUGAUUUGGUAUCAAAACUGCUUUAUUCUCAGGGAUUGCUGAUUGAUCUUUUAAUCAAAUCCAAUGUUAGUCGUUACGCAGAAUUUAAAAAUGUCACCAGGAUUCUUGCGUUUCGAGAAGGCAAAGUGGAACAGGUGCCUUGCUCGCGAGCAGACGUCUUUAAUAGCAAAGCGCUCACUAUGGUUGAAAAGAGGGUGCUGAUGAAAUUUCUUACAUUUUGUUUAGACUAUGAGCGUCAUCCUGAUGAAUACCAAGAUUUCAUGCAGUGCUCAUUUUCCGAGUACUUAAAAGCCAAAAAAUUAACCCCCAGCCUCCAACAUUUUGUCCUGCACUCAAUCGCAAUGACCUCGGAGUCGUCUUGCACUACAAUAGAUGGCCUUAAAGCCACCAAAAACUUUCUUCAGUGUCUUGGACGGUUUGGCAACACUCCCUUUUUAUUUCCCUUGUAUGGCCAAGGAGAAGUGCCCCAGUGUUUCUGCAGGAUGUGUGCGGUUUUCGGUGGAAUCUAUUGUCUUCGUCAUAAAGUGCAGUGCCUUGUAGUUGACAAAGAAUCCGGAAGAUGUAAGGCCAUCAUAGAUCACUUGGGUCAGAGAAUAAGCGCGACCUAUUUCAUCGUGGAGGAUAGUUACCUUUCCGAGGAGACAUGCUCGCGUGUGCGGUACAAGCAGAUCUCCCGGGCCGUGCUGAUCACGGACGGCUCGGUGCUGAGGGCAGAUUCCGAGCCUCCCAUCUCCGUCCUGAUGGUGCCUCCGGCGGAGCCGGGAGCGAGCGCCGUCCGCGUCACCGAACUGGGUUCUUCCACCAGGACCUGCAUGAAGGACACCUGGCUGGUGCAUCUGACCUGUUCAUCUUCCAGAACAGCAAGAGAAGACUUGGAGCCGGUGGUGAAGCAGUUAUUCACCCCGUACGCUGACCCAGAAACAGACAAGGAAGAGCUUCGGAAGCCAAGGCUCCUGUGGGCCCUUUAUUUUAACAUGAGAGAUUCCUCCGGCGUCGGCAGAAGCUCGUAUACCCGGCUGCCUUCCAAUGUGUACGUCUGUGCCGGGCCCGACGCGGGGCUGGGCAGUGAGCUCGCCGUCAAGCAGGCGGAAACGCUCUUCCAGGAGAUCUUUCCAAGUGAGGAAUUCUGCCCCCCGCCGCCACAUCCGGAAGACAUUUACUUCGAUGGUGGCGACAAGCAGCCAGCACCCCCGGGAGCCGAUAGUGGCAUCACGGCCACCCGAGACUCCUCUGGGGAAAGCAAACCCGCAGAAAGCCCAGGAACGCACCUUCAAAGUUAGGAAAAAAGCAACCUGGAAAUGCUACUUUGGGCCUUUAUCCUAGCAUCAGAAUAGUUCUCCUUAAAGGAGCGUUUUCUCUGUGCGUAAGAGAAGUGGUUCUGUCAUGAAUGCUGCGUGGAGCUUCUCUGCAGUUCUCUGGAGAGGUUCAGGCGUCCGGUGUCUUUGUCAGUCCCUCGGUAACUGAUUUAUGGUUGUUGGACCUCGUUUUGUUUCAGGAUGCGCACCGUGACCCAGGAUCUGAAGCAGGGUUACCGUGAUUUACUUGGGAGUAUAGCUGAGGGUUCCGUCUUAGCAGUGGUGCUUCAAGGAAGGAGAUGGGCUUCAGAUUUUAUUAUUGGCUACAGAGCAGUAACAUCUAAAGGAUGCUUCAGUUACUUUUGUAGCUGUUACAGUUGCUACCGCCUCAAAGAGUGAAACAUACAGAGGGCAUUAUAUGGAUCUUUUGUUCAUAAUAAAAACAUAGACGUGGUGGCAGCGUUUGCAACUAAUGCAAGUGCCAAUAUGACCAAUGGGUCUGUCUGUAAUUGUUGGGAGAAUAGCUUUGCCUGGUUCUCCGUUUGUGAAGGUGGCGGUGUGAUUCUCCUACCUGAUGGACCCUGGUAACCAGUAAGGUUGCCCCUGCAGUCUUCAACAUUGCGCAAGAGUCAGAGUUCAGUCAGUAGUCAGCUCUUUCUUGGAAGGUUCAGGCCAAGGAAAAUCUAGGGCAAGAGAUUAGUUCUGGUGUAAUACUUCAGGAAAGUUCUGCAGAGCACUGCCCUGGCACCUCAAAGCAAAGAACUUCUCAGUAAUCCAGGCUAAGAGGAAAAACAACUUGCUCUAGGAAAAGAUAUUUCAGCCGCCGGUCCUUAGAUCCUGAAGGAGAAACUGAAUGGAGCAUUUUUCACUGGGGAUUACAGAUGGUUUUUGAAAUCUGUCAGUGGAUUUCCCAAGGGUUCUCAGUGCAGGUGGCCCUCAGCACCUUCUGGGCUCCCCGCUUUGAUCAGCAGCACGGCGGGAGGGUUGACCACGCCUCUUUGGUGGAGCCCACCCCCCAGACCAGGACUUAACCCCCUGCGGAAUCAGCGCCUGCCUCUCAGCUGUUCUCAAGGGGAUGGAAGCAUUCUUUUUCCAGAGCCACCACAAGUCACAAAGCUGGUUGUCCGCCAGCGGUGGCAGAGCCCGAGGAGCUGUUAGAGGAGUGAACGGCCUUCCCUUCCAGCCCCCAGUCCCCCAGGGGACGGUUAUCCUGUGGGAAACGAGCCCGUUAGUCCCGGUCUUUGUCCUGGAGGAGCAUUUACUGUGGACUUAGCGUCCUCUCUCCUUGCAGCUGCUCAGCAGCCCUGUGAGGCAGGUACAUUUCUGAAGAGGAAGGAAAGACUUCGUAACUCUUUUUUUUUUUUUUUGGCUUUCCAGGCUAGGGGUCGAAUCAGAGCUGAAGCCACCGGCCUACGUCAGAUGCCGGAUCCUUAACCCACUGAGCAAGGCCAGGAAUCGAACUUGAAACCUCAUGGUUCCUAGUCGGAUUCGUUAACCACUACGCCAAGUCGGGAACUCCAAGACUUCCUAACUCUUGAGUCUGGUGUGUGUGUGGAAGGGCCACACCGGAGCACAGGCUCUCAUGAUUUCAAAACCUUUCCAGUGAGUGCCAGCUGUUAGGAGAGGGGGGUGCUUUGGGGGAGCAGGAGGAGAUGGUCACGGAGGCAGGCUGGCGGUGCUCGGGAAGCAGGCAGACAUCCCAGCUUAUUGUUGAGGCAGCAAAGUAUGGAAAUAAAGAUUGAUUUAACAUGUAGCGCCGUGCUACCAAUCUUGUUGAAGCAGAAUUUGUCUGAAUUUGAACAAAAUAAGGCCUUUCAAUGUAUCUUUUGAGCUGAACAUUGUGUUUUAAAGAGUAACUGGUGUUACUAGGUCAAAAUUUGCUCUGAAUAGUCUUGCUGCUCUUCUGUCUGUGAGGAAAAUGAAACAAGAAGGAGUUAAGUACUUUGCAGCUUUACUGAAAGAGGAGACCUCACGAAUUGAUAUUACUAUAUAUAGAUAUUGAAUACAGCAAGGUGUAUUACUGGGUGGAUGCUAAGCUUUAAACCUAUUAAAACCAGCGAAAUGUCUGAAAUAGACCUAAAAAUGAGUUGUUAAAAUAAAAAAGAAUGUAAGAUGCUAAGUAAAAUGGAGAUCGGUAACUUGGACCUAUUGAAAAACGUUUCAACAUCAUGAAUGUUUUUAUUCAUAAGAAUUUGAGAAGAAUGGUGAGGAGUUGCAAAAGAUGGUAGAACCAAAGAUAAAGAAACCGGAAAAAAAAAAAGUGUUCAGUAAAUUAAGGGACUUAAAAACUAACAAAAUGCAUAAAUUCCUUUCCUACUUGAACACAAAUCAAAAUUGAAAAAAAGUUGUCAUCAAUAAAAAGCAUUUAAAAAGCGGGGACUGUUAUAACCUAGUAUAAUUUUCUGACACGUUGGAAUUUUACCCUUAUGGGCUUGUUGGUGAACUUUUUCAAAAGUUCAAAGAAUAGUGUCUAUUUAUGUAUGAGAGGGAUAAUAUGUUAAUGUUUGCUUUUUGAGACUAACCUGGCCUUAAUACUAGAAGUCAAAUGUUUUGAAAAGGGUCUCAUUCUGAACAAAUGCAAAAUAUUAGCAAAUGAGACACAACAUAAAAAUAAUUAUUUACUGUGACUCAGAAUUAUAAGUUGGUGUUUAACAGAAUAACCAUUAAAUCAGUAUCAACAGAACAAAAUAGUAAAAAUCCAAAGUAUUAACUAUAUAUACCUUUAAAAAUAUUAGUAAAAUUUACUCAUUUUUAUUAUCUCUAGUAAUGAUUUUGUCGGUUUCUCAUUGUAAUAAAUUAUUUCUUACACCCAAGAACUAGCAUCAUUCCUCUUAGGAAAACAUAUAGGAACAUUUCUCAAGCAGAAAGUAAUAAUCCUGGCACCAUUUUUAUUGAUAUAUGGUUGAAAAAGCUUGUUGUAAGAAAACCUUAAUAAACAUUCAUAAAUGAGAAAGGAAAGAAAGCAUGAGUAGUUUCUAUUCAUGCGGCUUUUUAACUAGUGAAACUUGUGGUAUUUUAAAUGUCCUGAGAAGACUUAUUCAGGGAGUUGCUGACUCCAGCAGUGACAAACUACGGUUUAACGUGUUUGGGUAUUAAUAUAUAUCAGCCGUUUAAAGACAGUUCUACAACUCCCUUGGGGUAAAUUAAGGAAGGGGUUUAUCUAGAAGCAGAUUGAAAGCAAUGCAUCCCCGUGUGAUGAGAAAGAAGUAAAUAGGGAAUCUGAACACCAAAGUUGUAGUCCUCACUUCUCACCAGUUGUCUAAUCUUGGGAAAAUCAUGCUUGGCUUCCAUUUCACCGUCUAUAAAAUAGAAAGAAUGCUUUGCAGAAAUUACGUGAGGACUAAAUUAAUGUAAAUGAAGUCAUACCCAAAGGACUGGCCCUAAAGGGACUUUAAUGUGUAGCUUUGCUGCACUUCCCGAACCCUCCAAAGGGAUGCUUGAGGUAAUUGCAGAGACUUGUGAUAAAUUACUGAGGAAAAUACACAAGCAGAGAUAGGUCUUUUUAACUUGAGAAAAAAGAGAGUCUUGCACUUCAGCUUGUUGAGACAUGCUGUUAAGCAGUCUUGCUAUGUACACUAUGGUGUUGAGUAGAAAGUUUAAGACUAAUAAGCCAAUGAGAAAAAUAAUUAUGCUGGUGGAAAGAGUCACUGGACGUCAGUAUGAAAAAAGAAAUUAGAUGCAAUUCAUAUAUGAUGACAGUUCUUUCCACAUAGAAUAAGUAAAAGGUAAAAUAAAAAAGAGAGUACAAUUGUCACCGCAAUUUCCUUUUUUUUUUUUUUUUUUGCUUUUUAGGGCCACACCCAUGGCUUAUAAAGUUCCCAGGCUAGGGGUCUAAUCAGAGCUGCAGCUGCCGGCCUACACCACAGCCACAGCAACUCGGAAUCCAAGCCCGUCUGCGACCUACACCACAGCUCAUGGCAAUGCCAGAUCCCUUACCCACUGAGCAAGGCCAGGGAUCGAACCUGCAUUUUUGUGGGUACUUGUCAGAUUUGUUUCCGCCACACCGCGGCGGGGACUCCCUCACCCCAAUCAGUUUGCAAAGGAGAGUUUAUGGCAAUGAAAAAUACUGACGAAGUAGGUGAGAUCAACUAAGAAAAAUGUAAAAGGUAUACUAAAUAGGAAGAAGCCAGAAGAAGAGAUGGGAUGAAAGCUAUUUGCCUUACACAGGAUAAAGUACUCAGUAUUUUUUAAAAGGUGGAUUCAAAUUUCUAAGGCUCUGUGCUCUUUACUGGGCAAAUUGAUGAAAGGAUCUAGUUCAGAUGAGAAGAUACAAAUAAAAGUUAAUUCUUUGAAUGAUAGUCAGGUUUCCUAAUAUUAAAUGUAUAAACUAAAGCAAGGUUGAUUUAGUUCAUGCAGUUAUAUUAGCAAAAGAAUUUUUAAUUGAAUGUAUCUUCAUACAAGUAGCAUUAUUAUAUGAGUAGUUUUUUGAAGAACUAUUUAGGAGAAUAUAAUAAGAACUCUAUAAUCAGUCUGUCUUGAUAGAUCUAACUCACUUUGAGUAGCAUAUGCCCAGGAAAAUGUUUUAAAAGAAAAAUAAAGGUAUUUGUAUAAAGGUAUUUCCUGCAUUUAAUUCAUUUGAGUUAAAAAAAAAAAAAAA